GCUCUUUCUCCCCUAGGUUCAACUUGCUGCCUGCCUGAACCUAGGAUCCCGGGGCUAGCUAUCAUGGAUCCUCUCCUGGAAGCAAAUGGCACCUUUGCCUUAAAUCUUUUGAAAAUCCUGGGUGAAGACAGCUCGAAAAAUGUGUUUUUCUCACCCAUGAGCAUCUCCUCAGCCCUGGCCAUGGUCUUCAUGGGGGCAAAGGGAAAUACUGCAAGCCAGAUGGCUCAGGCACUCUCUUUGGAUAAAUGCAGCGGCAAUGGCGGUGGAGGUGUCCACCAGGGCUUCCGGUCACUUCUCACCGAAGUGAACAAGACUGGCACACAGUACUUGCUCAAAACAGCCAACAGGCUCUUCGGUGAAAAGACUCUUGAUAUCCUAGCAUCUUUUAAAGAUUCCUGCCGCAAGUUCUACGAAGCAGAGAUGGAAGAGCUGGACUUUAAGGGUGACACAGAACAGUCCCGAGAGCACAUCAACACCUGGGUCGCCAAAAAGACAGAAGAUAAAAUUACAGAGCUGCUGUCUCCAGGCACAGUGAAUUCAGACACUCUGCUGGUCCUUGUAAAUGCCAUCUACUUCAAAGGAAAUUGGGAGAAGCAGUUUAACAAAGAGGAUACCCAAGAGAUGCCUUUCAAAGUCUCCACGAAUGAGGAGAAACCUGUGCAAAUGAUGUUUAAGAAGUCUUCCUUUAAGAUGACUUAUGUGGAAGAGCUAUCCACUGCAAUUCUGUUGCUUCCCUAUGCUGGCAAUGAGCUGAACAUGAUCAUCAUGCUUCCAGAUGAGCACGUUGAACUGAAAAUGGUGGAAAAGGAAAUAACUUAUGAGAAGUUCAUAGAGUGGACGAGGCUGGACAAGAUGGAUGAAGAAGAGGUGGAGGUUUUCCUCCCACGGUUUAAACUGGAGGAGAAUUAUAACAUGGAGGACUUCCUGUGCAAGCUGGGCAUGACUGAUGCCUUUGAUAAUGGGGCAGACUUUUCUGGAAUAUCUUCCAAGCAAGGCUUGUCUCUGUCCAAGGUUGUGCAUAAGUCCUUUGUGGAGGUCAAUGAGGAGGGCACAGAGGCUGCGGCUGCCACCUCCAGUGUAGUUUUUAAGUGUAUGCCCCCCUACUUCUAUGCCGACCACCCCUUCCUUUUCUUCAUCCAGCACUGCAAGACCAAGGGGAUUGUGUUCUGUGGCCGGUUCUCCUCUCCCUGAGAGAGGGUGCUGCUGAGUCAGCCCACCACCUUUGCCCAGUCCCUCUCCCAUGAUUCAUGUGUUAAAGAUUCAGUCUCAAAUGAGGCCCCUGUGAGAGGUAUUGAAACAUUUAGGAGUUGGGGUCUAGUAGAAGAAGCUUAGAUAACUUGGGCAUGCACUUGAAGUGAUGGCUCACCUUGCCUUUUUUUCAAGCUCUCUUCCCCCACCACCACUUGAGAGGAGCUGAGCAGCUUCCUAUACCUUGUGUUGUUGCACCAUGAUUCUCUGUCCCAACUGAUCAUAGACAGAAACCUCUAAACCAGGAACUGGAACAAACUCUCCUCCUCAUGAGGUGACUGCCUCAGGUUCGUCACAGUGAUAGGGAUGCUAAUUAAUUCACUACGUACAGUAAGCCUAGCCCUGACAAUCUAAGGAUCACAUGACAGUGUGAGUUUAUCCCAGGAAUAUAAAAUUGAUACAACAUGAUUAAAUCAAUGUCACAUUUCUUUUAGACAGAAUAAAAGCUUAAAUCAUUUGGUUAACUUAACGGGUGCCAAAAUAGCUCUCUCACCCUAAAGAGUUCCAUCGUUGACAGACACACAACAGGGGCAUUUAUUUUACUUUAAUUAAUCAAGUAGGAUUAAUUGCUUUACUCACUAGUGUUCCUCCAGAGUGACAGAGUGGGAAUUUGGAUUGAUAUUUUUUAAGUAU